ACAUACUUGUUUCAGUUUGCGUCACAGUUGUCAGACAAUGUAAACUAUAAAUAUGAGCAAAGUUUGAAGCAAGCGUGGCAAGCAGUGAUAAAGAGUGUUAGCUAGUUAGCUUUAAAAGUGCAAGUUCUUUAUUGGAGCCAUGCUUAAAACUCACACUACCAUGAGCAAAAAUACAACUUCACCGGAGUCAGGUGAAACCUUUAAGCUUUUGGGACAUGAAAGUGAUAAUUUGAACCUGCCACCUCCCCUGGAAGAGGAGCUGGAAGAUUCCAUCCACGACCCAAACAACAUUAAACAGCUUGUCAACGAGUUCAAGGGACUCCACGUGCAGAGAUUGAGAUGUCUCGAGCUGGACUCCACUUUAAACAAAGAGGAACGGCAGCAGAAGAAAGUGAAUUUCCUGUGGUCUUAUGUGAAUGACCUGACAGACCAGAACCAGGUGCUGCUUGAGACCAUUGAGGAUCUGCAGAAGGAGGACAAGGUUUCCUGUUGGGGAGUGAAGCUCCACACCUCUGAUCCCAUUCUGAAUGUGUCUGAUGCUGAUCUGAGGACUUUGUUUCUGGAGGAGCUUGUUGGACCUGCGGCUAACAUCCCACACAGCUCUGGUUCCUUGGUUCAGAUCAUAUCCAUGUUAGAGGAUUUGAAAAUCCAGUUGCAAACCAAGGACAUGGUCAUCUGUUACCUGGAGAAUACGCUCAGAGAGAAUUCCCAGCAGAAGCAAAAGCUGAAUGAAAGAGCGAGGGAACUUCAGGAGGAACUGAGGAGGAAAGAGGAGGAAUGGAGGCCAAGAGAACACGAGCAGAGACUGAAAUAUGAAAAGGAGCAUCAAAAAGCAGAAGAGAGGGGGAGGCAGGAGCAACAUAAGAGAGGGGAGGAGUGGGUAAGGAAAGUGGAUGAAGAAAGGAAGGCCCAUGCUCAGGCUGUUAAACAGUGGGCCAAGAAGACAGCUACUCUAAAAUCUGAGUUGGCGGUCAGCAGGAAGCAGGUGGAGCGACAGCAGAAGGAGCUGUCAGAGUCCCAUCAGAAGGAGGAGGCGCUUCUCUCUGAGAUGAAGGAGCGAGAGGAGCACAUGAGGUUCCUGGGCCAGGAUGUGGUUGGUCUGCGAGCCACACAGGACUCUCUGAAGGGAACCUUGGCUCUGAAGGAGAAACACACGCAACAGCUGCUCCACGACAACACACACCUCAAAGAAAGCCAGGCCUCACUGCAGAGCAAAUUACAAACAACAAGUGAAACCCUGGAUCAAACCAAGAAGAGUCUGGACACAGAACGACAGCAGAGGCAGCAGAUCCCAGAGCAGUUGCACCAUGCCAACAAAGAGAUGCAGUGUAUGCAGCAGGAGCUAACACAUGCACGUCACACCACUGAAAAAAAGAUUCUGGAGGAGAUGAAGACGCCGAUGAAGCAGCUCUCUGAACUUCAGCAAGAGUUGCUCCGAAAAGAUAUGGCUUUAGAGGAACUCUGCGAGGAGAGGGAAGAGCUGAGAGCCAAGAUGGAGGACCGGAGCAGAGAGUGUGUCCACCUCCACCAGACCAAAGAGAGACUGCAGGCUGACUUGGCUCUGAGCCACGAGAAGAUCCAUACCUCACACCUGGAGGUUCGAAGCAGAGAUCAGUUCAUUCUGCAGCUCAGAGCUGAAAUGAAGACCGCCGAACAGAAGCAUCAAAGGAAUCAGGAUCAGGUGGCAGCGCUGGAGGCUGAGGUUAGACACUUGAAACACAAGGUCAGAGGACACCGUGAAGAGAAGUUCCAGUUUAUCGAAAAGGUCAGGGACACCGAGCGCCUCGUAGACCAGAAGGAGAAAGAACAGCAGCAGCUAAAGGAUCAGCGGCGUGAUGGUCAGCAACAGGUUGAGACGUUUGAAGGGAAGCUGAAGAAGCAGGAGGUUAGGAUUGCACUUCUUCAUGAGCAGCUGAGAGGAGCCAAGGAGGAGCUGAAAGAUGCCAGUUUACAAGCCCAGGAGCAGAAAGAAACGGCAGCCAUUUUUAGACAAAAGUUCACCGCAGCGAUGGAGAAGGUGCAUCGGGUGCUAGGGCAGGUGGAGCAUUUGGAAGAGGAACUACAGUAUUCACAGCAACAGCUCAGAGAUUCCAAAUUGGCAACUGAUUCUGUGAAAAAGGAGCGCGCCGAGAUGGAGCAGCGGUACCAGGAAAAGGUCAGCCAAUGGGAGAACUCGCAGGAGGCUCUGGACCAGCUGACGGAUGAACUCGAGGCCAAUCAGCAUCUACUAAGGGAGGGUCAACAAAAAGAGGACCAUCUAAACGGCCUGAUCGGAUCCCUGCAGGAGCAAACAGACACACUCAAACAGCAGAAACUGGUGUUGGAGUGUGACCUAGAGCUUCAUAAACAGAGUCAUUCUCAUACGGACGAGGAGUACCUCCACCAGCUUGAACACCAGCAGCAGCUACAGCAGCGCUGCACGGAGCAGGUUGAGAGCCGUGCGCGGUGUGAAAAGGCUAUUCUUCAGAUGAAGUCAGAGCUGGAGAGACAAGCCCUGGAAAAAGUGUGUCUGAAGAAAAGUCUUCUCUCGUCCCACCAUACACACAUGAGCGAACGCAGCCAGCUGGAACAGGAAGCGAUUCAUCUGAAAAAGGAAGUGACACGCGUAGAGCUUGAGCUGGCUGACACCCAAAAGGUACAUGUGGCACUUCUCAGACAGUCGGAGGAGGAGCUGAAGGAGACCAGACGAGAGGCAGCGAGCAGGGGCAGCGAGGUGGAGGUACAGAGAGGGGAGGCGCAGAAACUUCAGGAGGAGUUACUGAAGGAGGAGGAGAAGAGGAGGAACGCCAUCAGAGAGAAACUGAGUCUGAGCGCUUGUGUCAGACAGAUGAACCGAGAGAUGGAGGAGCUACGCAACAAGCUGCGAGUGACAGAGGAGGAGUUGGCAGCCCGUACAGAGGAGGCGAGGCGGAUGGAGGGGUGCCUGAAUGAGGGAAAGCUAGCAGAGGGGAAAAUAAGGUCUAUGGCUGUGAGUCUGGAGACGGAGCUGGUGGAGCUCAGGAGGAAUCUUCAGCAUGCUGUCGAUCACAAACUGGAGGCAGAGCAAGAGAGGCAGGAAGCAAAGGAACAGGGACACACACUGCAGGUGAAGCUGGAGGAGACGCGGUCCAGCAAUGAAAACCUCCGCCAUGAGAGCCAGCUGGUCCUCACUAAUGUCAACCGCUGGAUCAGUGAACAAAAGGCUUCCAACGAGAGCGUCUCUGCUCAGAUGAAGGCCCAAAACAAGCUGCUGCUCAUCCUCACUGAAGAGAAAGCACAUCUUCAGGGCGCUAAUGACACGCUGAAGGCGGAGGUAAAGGGACUGAAAGAGGCGGCGGAGGAGAAGCACAGAGACACGGAGCAUUUCAAGGCCCGGACCCGAGACCAGGGCAUCCGGCAAGACGGGAGAACCAUAGAAAAGCAGGGCUGCGUCGCUCAAAAUCUCAGCAAAAUCGAGGACAUGCAGACCAGACUGCGAAGCAACCUGGAGGCCGUUGGAAUGCUAAAUCAACAAUUAACCUCCCUCAGCAGGGAGAACCAGCGGUUGCGUAGGCAGCUGGAGGAGGAGAAGUCUAAGCGUAGACAAGUGGACCUCCCUCCUCCUCCCCCCUCCCAGCAGACCUCCUACAUCCACCUCCCCCUCAGCGCCCGCCCACAUCCUCGCUCCACCUCCCUCCGCCUUCCUCCUCCUCUGGGCCCGGACACAGUGACAGGGGACAUUGAUGGGAUUCUAACCCACACCAAGGUGAGCGGCGCCCGGCUAGGGAGAGCAGGUGAGUCCCAGGCUUUGGGGGAGGCGUUCAGGAUCAGGCUCCCCGCCUCUCUGGGUGGCGCUUGGUCUGGGAGGACAAGCAGAGAUCUGAACAAAUGAAGCCCCCUGAAGACUUUGACCUGUCGUGACUUCCUGACCCGCAGCUCCUCACCAGGGAGUGCCGUCGGUUUGAGGUUAAUGUCCUGCAGGUCAAAGUCAAGUCCCAGGGUGCUUUUUGCCUGAGGGGGGCUCCAGAACCGGGGAAUGAAGGAAUUCCCUCAAAUCAUCAGAAAUCAAACAUGUCUCUACUGCUGAAGAGGUUCAGUUCAAGAGCAAUCACAUUAGAGAUUUAAAAUAGGACACUAAAGUGAUGCAAACCUUAAAAUGCUGCAAUGAUGUGAGCCAUCGCAGCUAAUAACGUUAGCAAUCAUGUCCUAAAAUACUCUUCUUUUGCAACAAAACUGUAGCACUAAGCACCUAAAAACAUUCCCCUGCACUUGUUUGAAAAUCCAGACACUUCUGAUGAACUAUACUCAAUGUAUUUCAACUAAAACAAAUGAAUAAGACUCACUGGAAACCCUUCAGUGCAGAUGAAUGUGUCUUACACUGGAGAAGAGUUUACGGCACAUCAUCAGGAUCCACAGACGCCGCUCAGAUGGCAGUAACACACUCUCUGAUUACUGUGCAGCUGUGCGCCAUGUGUCCUGCAUCUACUGCGGUGAAUGUGGCCGUACGUCUUUAUGCAAGUACAUUAUGUGUCUGCGUGCUUCUGCCUCUCCGCCUGUGGGGGAGUGUGUGCUCGUGAGUGAUUGAGUAUAUUAGUUGUUUAUUUUAGUAGA